AAAAGCGUACGUGAUGAUCUUUUAGCUUGAAUGAACCUGAAAGGCAGAACACAUGUUAACGAAAGAACAGAUAGGGUUUUGGACGACUUCGAUUCAAUAACAGGAAGGCGAUAGGUUACCGUGGUAUCAGUAAUGACAAACAACAAUGUAGUAACCAUCAGUUGGUUAGUGGCUCAAGAUCUACCCCAAGCCUACAUCCUUACUGAGAGACCUUCAACAUUCAAUCCUAAUGCAACCUUCGUUAAUGAUAAGAAAUAUCUCAUCGACGACUACGUGGCUAAUGUCUCAGAGGAUAACAGGCACCUCAAGGCAAUGAGAGCUUGUCCAGUGGCCGGAAGUAAAUUUCCCAUCUUGGUAACACGGGAUAUAAAUCCACUUAUUAGAGAGCACUGGUCAAAGUGGUUACCAUUUUUUCCCAAACCUGACAUAAGAAUCUUCGACAAGGAAGACACAGGAGACCGACCAUUGAUCGUCAAUUUUCCUUUUCAAAGUUUCCCCGCAAAAAAGCAUGCUGUCAAUCCCGACAUUCACUACAAGCUUAGCUCCAAGGCCAGAAUUCCCGAGAUGGGGGCUCCGUGCCCGAAGUACAUGUCACGUGAUAAGUAUACUCUCCCUUGUAUUAUAAAGGCUGCUCAGGGUAAGGGAAAACGUGGGACUUUUCUCGUGAGAACAGAGGAAGAAGUUACAGAAGCCUUUAAUGAGCUUAGUAGUCACUUCUGCGAUGCCGAACUUGUGGUGACAGAGGUGAUUGAGAAUAUUUCUAAGUGUCUGCUUGCGCAGUUGUACAUCUUUCAAAAUGGACAAUUUUACUGGUUAGGCGUCAAGUGCAAAUCGAACCUACCAUUUGUCAAGCGACCCGAGGGAUAUAUCCCGACUCCCGACGUCAACUGGGACGAGCAGGAAGAGCUGAAGGAGAUGUUGCAUGACAUUGUGCAUCCAGUUACACAAUACCUUCACAGAAAUGGCUACUUUGGUUUUACUGGGGUAGAGAUUUUAGUGAACGAUGAGGGAUGUUUUGUGGUCGAUGUUAAUCUCAAAAUUGCUUCAUCGACAAACCUUCUUUUAAUUGCCCCUCACAUGGCCGCUUUGAAAUAUCCAAUUUCUUAUGUCAUGGAAAUUUUGCCGACCAACAUUAAACAUUUACUCGAGGCUAUAGACAGUUUAAACCUUCAAGGAAAUGGAAGGGCGAUUGUCCUUGCUGACGGCGAGCUUUCAGUCGAAAUUCAACACAAAGCUUGUGUUGUGAUCUUCGCUAAGAAUAGUGAAGACGCAUUCAAGCUUCAAAGAGAACUUAUGAAAGUUGCUGGUAGGGAAAUUUCUUCCGUUACAAGUCUAGGUCCGUAGCUUAGAAUGCAAUUUACAUUUACCAGUUUUUUCUACUUUGUGAGCCGUAUAAAUUUAAAUUAGCCCCUCUGGCCUCGCUUGAGGUAAUGUAUCCUUUUGAAUUUUGUACUGGAAGAACGA